UCAUAACGUAAACUUUGGAAAUUAUUUCAACGGGACAUCGUAUUAUUACAAUACAAUUUACUUCUGUUUUGAAGCAGAAAGAAAAAUGAGCGAAAACGAAAAUAAUGCUGCAAAUAUCACAGCUCCUACGGUUCAACAAAUAAUAACCGAUAGGAUCACAGAGCUAGCGGAUAAGUAUUGGGCACCUCAUUCUAUAGAAAAGCAUCUAGAAUUCAAUCCAGAUGUCGUGGAGGAUAUUUAUAUGCAAGAUAUUCGCGGGAGCAACUAUUCUAUUAGGAGAAUUAUGGUUCUUGAAUUCAGCCAAUAUUUGGAAAACUACUUGUGGCCAAAUUACUCACCAAAAGCUUCAUACUCUCAUAUGUUGUCCAUAGUGAUAAUGGUUAACGAAAAAUUUCGCGAAAGAGUGCAAGUUUGGCAGGCUUUUAGAAAGCACCACCAGUAUUUCCCCGACUUCUUCCAACAAGUUCUAAAGGCGUGCUUUGAAGAUGAACUUACCAUCAACAUUCGAGAGCAAACCACUUUAUUGGUGUUUUUAAAUCAUUGUUUCAACAGUAUGGAGGAAGCUCUGUGUCGUGAUCAAGUCAAAAGACUCGUCUCCUUGUCUAUGUGGGUGUCCCUUCAGCCGGCCAGGCGGGAAUACGAGUUCAAAAAGUUCCCUAAAUGGAAAAAGUAUUGGAGAGCCAUACAAAGAAAAGACAAGCCUGAGCAAUUGGAGAAACUGACUUGGGAACGGACGUUUUUGCAUCGAUUGAUGUUGAAAUUUUUGAAUACUUUAGACACUAUCACAGAGGAUGGCAUUUGCCCCAAAGAUAAAGUGCAUUAUUGCGAGAGGUUCUUGGAAUUGAUAACAGACUUGGAAGCCCUACUUCCUACCAGAAGAUUCUUCAAUACAGUUUUAGAUGACUGUCAUUUGGUAGUGCACUGUCAGCUUUCAGCUCUAAUUAGAAGGCCAGAAGGACAUCUAUUCAGCCAGUUGCUGGACAUGCUCAAAUUCUACUCAAGAUUCGAAAUUUGCGAUGAAUCGGGGGAUCCCCUUACGGACCACGAUAUGACCCAGAUUCAUUACUCGAAAAUAACGAGCUUACAGCAAGCUGCUUUUUCCAAAUUUCCGGACCUAAGAAAUUUCGCUUUAGCGAAUGUAGCUAGUGUAGACACAAGGAAGAGUCUAGAAAGGCACUUCGGGCCGUUGAGUCGGGAAAAACUGAAAGCUAUCGCGAUACAUUUGAACUUGGUGCCGCCUCCUGAGCUAGAGGAAGAGUUUAAAUGGUGCAAAACAGACGAAACGUUCUUAAGAGAACUUCUAGUAUCCCGACACGAGAAACGCGCCUCGCAACUGGAGGCUCUCAACGAAAUGCCCUUGUACCCGAUAGAAAAUAUCAUUUGGGACGAAAACGUCGUCCCAACGUCCUAUUUCUCCGGAGAAGGGUGUCUAGCGUUGCCCAAAUUAAACUUGCAAUUUCUAACGUUGCACGAUUACCUCUUAAGGAAUUUUAAUCUGUUUAGAUUAGAAUCCACUUAUGAAAUUCGACAAGAUAUAGAGGAUGCUGUAAGUAGAUUGAGCCCUUGGAGAGCCGAAGACGGCAACAUCUACUGGGGCGGUUGGGCGAGGAUGGCCCAGCCGAUCAUCAAUUUCGCCGUGGUCGAAGUCGCUAAACCCAACAUAGGCGAGAAAAGACCCAGCCGAGUGAGAGCCGACGUUUCCGUCAAUUUAAACGUGAGACCGGAAAUCAAAUCGGAAUGGGAAAAUUUGAGAAAACACGACGUGUGUUUUUUAGUUACCGUCAAACCGCCGAAUCCCAUAGGAACGAAAUACAACUACAAAGAACCGUUUCUACCGCAAGUUGGUCUGCAAUACAUCAGAGGUUGCGAGGUUGAGGGUAUGCUAGACUCAACCGGAAGGGUAAUAGAAGAUGGACCGGAACCCAGGCCUGUGUUACCCGGAGACCAAAGGACUUAUAGAGUAUGGCUAGAUUGCAACCAGUACCGAGACGACAUGAACAACACCAAUCUAGGCCAAGAGGACGUUUACGAAGGUUUCAACAUCCUAAUGAGAAGAAAACCGAAAGAAAACAACUUCAAGGCAGUGUUGGAGACCAUUCGCGAGCUAAUGAACACCGAAUGCGUGGUACCGGAGUGGCUGCAUGACAUUAUAUUAGGCUACGGUGAUCCCAGCGCAGCUAAUUACAAAAACAUGCCCAAUCAAAUAGCUACGAUGGACUACAACGACACCUUCAUCGACAUGGAUCACCUGAGAUCGUGUUUUCCCGGAUACGAAAUCAAAGUCAAGACGGACGAUCCUAAGAAACUGGUCAGGCCUUUCAAACUCACCUUCGAGGAUCUCGGCAAGAGCGAGGACGAGGAUAAAAGCGAUAUUAAAAAAACAAUCGUCGUCGAGCCGCAUAUUAUCCCCAGGAGAGGACCGUAUCUCUUCAACGAACCGAAGAAAAAUAUGAUACCGUUCACCCCGACUCAAAUCGAGGCCAUCAAGUCGGGCAUGCAGCCCGGUUUAACUUUGGUGGUCGGUCCUCCGGGUACCGGUAAAACCGAUGUUGCCGUCCAAAUCAUAUCGAACAUUUACCACAACUUCCCCAAUCAACGUACGCUCAUAGUGACUCACUCCAAUCAAGCUUUGAACCAACUGUUCGACAAAAUCGUCGCUUUGGACAUCGACGAGAGGCACCUGCUGCGUUUGGGUCACGGAGAGGAGGCCUUGGAGACCGAAAAGGACUUCAGUAGAUACGGCAGAGUUAAUUACGUGUUGGCCAAGCGGCUGGAUUUGCUAAUGGAGGUGGAGAAAUUGCAAAAAUCGUUGAAAGUCGACGGAGAUGUGGCGUAUACUUGCGAAACUGCCGGGCAUUUCUAUUUGUACCAGGUGUUGUCGAGAUGGGAGCAUUUUUUGAGCAUCGUGAAACCUAAAAAUAACAAGGAGGUUCCGAUUAAUGCGAUAAAAGAGGAAUUUCCUUUCCACGACUUUUUCAACAACGCUCCUCAACCGUUGUUCAAACAGCAAUCGUUUGAGGAAGAUCUCGAUAUAGCGGAAGCUUGCUUUAGGUAUAUCGAUCAUAUUUUCAAGGAAUUGGAAGAGUUCCGUGCUUUCGAACUACUGAGGUCCGGUUUGGAUAGAUCUAAGUACCUUCUGGUCAAGGAAGCUAAAAUUAUAGCUAUGACUUGUACGCACGCAGCUUUGAAACGAAAAGAACUCGUCGAGAUAGGCUUCCGAUAUGAUAAUAUUCUGAUGGAAGAGUCGGCGCAGAUUUUGGAGAUUGAGACCUUUAUCCCACUCCUGCUUCAGAAUCCGCAGGACGGUUUCAAUCGUCUGAAACGUUGGAUAAUGAUCGGUGAUCACCAUCAGUUACCACCCGUUAUCAAAAACAUGGCUUUUCAGAAAUAUUCCAACAUGGAGCAGAGUUUGUUCACGAGGCUCGUCCGAUUAGGCGUGCCUACAAUAGAACUAGAUGGCCAAGGUCGUGCUAGAUCUAGUAUUUGCGAUCUCUACAAAUGGAGGUACAAGAACUUGGGUAAUUUGAAACACGUGGAAAAUUCGAUGGAGUACCAGUUAGCAAAUCCCGGUUUCAAUUUCGAUUUUCAAUUGAUAGAUGUUCAAGAUUUUAACGGUGUUGGUGAAUCCGAGCCAAGUCCAUACUUUUACCAGAACCUAGCUGAAGCUGAGUAUUGUGUAGCAAUGUUUAUGUAUAUGCGGUUAAUAGGGUAUCCAGCAAAUAAAAUAACCAUAUUAACUACAUACAACGGGCAAAAACAUUUAAUAAGAGACGUUAUCAAUACAAGGUGCGCCAAUAAUCCACUCAUAGGCAGACCGUAUAAAGUCACAACUGUAGACAAGUACCAAGGUCAGCAAAAUGAUUAUAUAAUUCUUUCUCUGGUAAGAACUAAGGCUGUGGGGCACUUAAGAGAUGUCAGACGAUUGGUUGUUGCCAUGUCUCGAGCGAGAUUGGGAUUGUACGUAUUCGCUAGAGUUGCUUUGUUCAGAAAUUGCUUCGAAUUGACACCAGCUUUUGAACAGCUCGUCUCCCGUCCUACAAAACUUCAUAUAAUUUUGAACGAGUAUUAUCCUCCAACUAGAUACAACAACCAGCAAACCCCCAAUGAAACUAUGGUAGUCGAAGAUAUGGCACACAUGGCUAAUUUCGUCUACGAAUUCUAUAUGCAGAGAGUAAAACAACUAAAACAAAUGUACCCUUCUGAAAAUAAAUGGGACAAGCCAGGCGACGUUCCAGUACAGGAUCAUGAGGGAUUCGUUUCAGCUCACCCGGGAGAAGAUAGGGAUACGGAUAGUGAAGAUGAAGAUACAGGAAAGCAAUUGCCAGUUCCUAUUGAAGAAGAGCCCAUUGACAAUCAACCUGUUGAAACCCCGUCGAAUCAGAAACAGCAAGUAGAAACUGAGGAAGUUGAAAAGAUGGACGAGACUGAAGAUCAGCCUAGAAGAGAUGACACAGAUGAACAGAUGAACGUGGAUACAGGAGAAGCAGAAAACGAUGAAUAGUGCUUAAAUUUGUAUUCUUAA